UAACCUGGAGAGCAACAAUUUUCCUGCUUUAUGUUGCGUAACAGGAUAGACUCUCAUCAAAAUAACCAACUAGUCAUACACUCUGAAUUUUCUGAAGCAGUAUAUUGGUCUAUUUGGUGGUUACUUUUACACAUUCAUCCCAGAAGAAUGGACUUCCACUUGCCUCCUUCUCUCCUGGUGAGCGGUAUCCCAUGGGAAAGGGUUCUCCCACCCUUAUUCCCCCGGUGUACCGGGACAACUGGACCUUAUUCAUGGACACCGACCGAACUUUUAAUCCCGGUUUCCGAGCACACCGGAGCAGCACAGGUUACCUGUGAUCAUAAUGGAUUUACUGUGCAGGUUGAUGUGAAACAUUUCAGUCCCGAGGACCUGCUGGUUAAAGCUGUUGGAGAUUAUGUUGUGGUUGAGGGAAAACAUGAACAAAAGAAGGAUGGUUCGGGACUGGUGACACGUCAGUUUAACCGGCGAUACCGGAUCCCAAACGGAGUGGACAUCAUGGCACUGGAAUCAGCCAUAUCAACAGAAGGCAUGCUAGUAAUCUCAGCACCUCUGACACAAGGAGACAAUUCCAGACUGUUAAAUCACAGCAGACCAUGAUGUGCGCACACACACACACAGUUUCCUCCACACUCAUGUUUAGAUAUUUAUUUUUUUGCUCUUCUUCACGGUUUUAGUUCUUGACAUGUUAAUGCAAGGCGCUUAAAAUUCCCAUCCUCUGGGUUUCUCACAUAAGGCAAUGGUAAAG